AAGGGCGAGUAACUCUAAUGUCUUUAAAACGACUAGUGCUCGCAAGCCUGAAUAUAUAUAUAUUCAUGACAGCAGAUCUAUCGACAUAUGUCGAUACAUGAAGAAGGACAAUGGACAAAACACAUACUUUGGAAAUUUCUGACGUACUGCAUAAUGUCAGUGAAAAGGAAUUUAACGUGACUGUCAAAACAAGGUGUGACGCCAGUGCCGGGGCCUCCGGAGAGAAGGCUGUGCUUCAGUAUGAUUGGCUGACCGAGGACCACGUCGACCUCUACCACACUGAGGUACCCCCAGUCUUCAGGGGAAGAGGGGUCGGCAAACUAUUGGCGAAGGCAGCCUUGGAGCACUUCUUGGAGAAAAACAUCAGAAUGUCACCAACUUGCACCUUCAUCCAAAAGUAUGUCAAUGACAACCCGAGUCCUGCACUUACAGCACUGAUCGUCUCAGACCUUCCCCGACCAGGACUCUAGGGACAUUCCCUGGCCAGGACUCUAGGGACAUUCCCCGGCCAGGACUCUAGGGACAUUCCCCGGCCAGGACACUAGGGACAUUCCCCGGCCAGGACUCUAGGGACAUUCCCCGGCCAGGACUCUAGGGACAUUCCCUGGCCAGGACGUUAGGGACAUUCCCCGGCCAGGACUCUAGGGACAUUCCCCGGCCAGGACUCUAGGGACAUUCCCCGGCCAGGACUCUAGGGACAUUCCCUGGCCAGGACGUUAGGGACAUUCCCCGGCCAGGACUCUAGGGACAUUCCCUGGCCAGGACUCUAGGGACAUUCCCUGGCCAGGACUCUAGGGACAUUCCCUGGCCAGGACUCUAGGGACAUUCCCUGGCCAGGACGUUAGGGACAUUCCCCGGCCAGGACUCUAGGGACAUUCCCCGGCCAGGACUCUAGGGACAUUCCCUGGCCAGGACUCUAGGGACAUUCCCCGGCCAGGACUCUAGGGACAUUCCCUGGCCAGGACGUUAGGGACAUUCCCCGGCCAGGACUCUAGGGACAUUCCCCGACCGGGACUCUAGGGACACCCCUUUCCUUUCUCUCAGUUACCAGCUGGUCAAUGGGGGGGAGGCAGACCCUGUGUUUGACCAGAGCCAUUCUGUCCUCUCGUGUGUCCUUCAUAGUAGAAACUCAAUUAUAAGCUCACGAGACUUGUAAUAAAUUCUGCACUGGACAUUUGGCAACGUCAAUUUUAAAAUCCAUUGCCUUACAUUUUGAGAAUGUAGUAAUUUGAAUAUUUGAGGAAUACAUUUUAUUGCAUGUUAUUUGUUUUAUAACCAGUAUAAAGCAGUGAUGAUUUGUGAUGAUCUUUAGGACAUCUGUUGUGUAAAUAAAUAUUUUUAUAAUAC